UACAUGCGCAACAGAUGCAGUGUUGCCAACCGCGACAACAAUAUGACUGCGCUUGGAAGAUGAUAGGCUUCUAAUUCUGUUGUUGCCUACACACUGGGAGGAUUUGAUAGCCUACAUUACGUGCUUGUCUGAUUGUAGUUGAUAUUCGGAGUAAAUUAGUCUUGUUGAGUCCACAUCCAACUUCUGCCAGUAUUUUUGUUCAAGGUGUACCAUAAUAAAUAAGGUACUACUAUUAAAUAACCCUAUCCUCUACGAUGAGGAUAAGAAGAGUUGUGAAGACAGUUUUGAGUGUGGAGCAGGUGGAAGGUGUGGGAGCCCAUGUCCGCAGAAGCAUAGGAAGAAAGGAGCUGAUUAACCUGGAUCCAUUCUUGAUGUUGGAUGAGUUCAAAGUCAAAAAGCCGUCUGGCUUCCCUGAUCACCCCCACAGAGGCUUUGAGACCGUGACCUACGUUUUGAAAGGCGUUUCAGCCCAUGAGGAUUUCUGUGGCCACGCUGGACUCCUGAAACCAGGGGAUUUACAGUGGAUGACGGCAGGCCGAGGGGUGGUCCAUGCAGAGAUGCCUGUGUCUGAGGAGCCCGUUCAGGGCCUGCAGCUGUGGGUCAACUUGAGGAGGGAGGACAAGAUGGUGGAGCCCCAGUACCAGGAGCUGAAGGACAGCCAGGUCCCCAAGCCCAGCAGGGAGGGGGUCACUGUAGCUGUCAUCUCUGGACAGGCCCUGGGGGUACAGUCAAAAAUCUUCACCAGGACUCCAACACUGUAUCUGGACUUCAAGCUGGAUGGAGGAGCCAAGCAUGUCCAACCAGUUCCUUCAGGAUGGACCUCGUUUAUCUACACACUGGCAGGAUCUGUUUGUGUUGGCCCAGAUGCAGAGCAGCAGAAAGUGGAGCCACAUCACACCAUAGUGUUUGAUGAUGGAGACUGCAUAGCAGUAGAAAAUCAGACAUCAGAGGUCUCCCAUUUUGUCUUGAUUGCGGGACAGCCGAUCAAUGAACCGGUGGUCCAACAUGGUCCGUUUGUGAUGAACACGGAAGAGGAGAUCAACCAGGCAGUCACAGACUACAGGACAGGGACCAAUGGGUUCGAGAGGGCGAAGGCUUGGAGGUCUAAGAUCAGGGAUUCCUUCUAAGAAUCAGAAGACGUCUUCUAAUCAUGUUAUAGGUCUUGUCUUGUUAUGAUCAUGUGACCAAAGUCUAUUUUAAUAAUGAACCAGCUUGAUGUGUGUUUGUCUCUUUUUAAAUCAUUAAGUUCUCAUUUUAUACAGAUUUUUUUGUUGCUCAAAUAGAUGUUUUGUCACUGUGCCUCCAAGCCAUUAAACUGAAAUGUAAAUGAUGAAAAAGGCACUUUUAAUUCAACCUCAAUAAAACGAUCCUGCCGUGA